AGACACAUGGAAGUCUCCAGCUGCAGUGGGUGAGCCAGCUGCCUUCACCCCCCACCCCCAUGUCUGGCUGGAAAGAGGCUGCCAAAGCGAGCCUGGCAUGGGGGGAUCCUAGGAGGCCAGAGGCCAGGGUGUAACAAGCAACAUCGAGCAGGCAGAACAGAUUUUUGCAGGAAAUCGAUAGGAAGAACGAGGCUGCGGGGAGAAAGAUGCAGCUGACUCGGUGCUGCUUCAUAUUCCUCAUCCAGGGGAGCAUCUAUCUAUUGGUGAUCUGUGGACAAGACGAAGCGACAGAAGAGGAGGAGGAGGAGAGCGGAAAACCAUCCAAAGAGCAACAACGGUCCCGGCUACAAAAGAAAAAAGGCCAACUCUCCUUGAAGUCCUCACCCCAAGCUCACUUUCACAACACGUCUCUGCUGGAGUUGGCCUCCACCAACUCACAAGAGUUCUGGAACAUCUUAGAUAGCUUGUCCAAACAGGAUCAAGUCGGGCAACCCCGAGGCCGAAGGGACCUCGUCGGCAACCCAGGUCGACUUAAGAAGAUAUUUGGCUGGGGUGACUUCUACUCUAACAUCAAGACAGUCAAGUUGAACCUCUUGAUUACAGGGAAAGUGGUCGACCACAGAAAUGGCACAGUCAACGUGUUCUUCAGACACAACUCCACCGGACACGGGAAUAUCUCAGUCAGCCUAGUACCACCCAACAAAGCGGUGGAGUUUGACCUUGAGCAGCAAAUCUUCAUCGAGGCAAAAGAAUCCAAGAUCUUCAACUGCCGGGUGGAAUACGAGAAAGUGGACAAGGCAAAGAAGACCACCCUCUGCACCUAUGACCCUUCCAAAACCUGUUUCCUCAAUCAUACACAAAGCCAAGUCUCUUGGGUUUGCUCCAAGCCAUUUAAGGUCAUCUGUAUCUACAUAACCUUCUACAGCAUAGACUACAGGCUUGUCCAGAAAGUGUGUCCAGACUACAACUACCACAGCAAUGUUCCUUAUUACCCCUCUGGGUGACAACAUACCUCUUUGGUCUCUGAAGUAGCCCAAAGUCCAUCUCGAUGUGGGGUUUGGGUCAAGAAACAAAACGGAGGCAGCCCGUAAGGAGAUGGACAAG